CUGAGUGGAAACAAGCGUGAGUGAGCGCAGAUUCCGGCAGUUUGUUCAUAACUGGGUGAACAUCCUGAAUACCGUCAGCAUUAACAGCUUUCCUUUGAGCCAUCAUGGCUUCGUCCAUGCCGCAGAAGCGUUACUACAGACAGCGAGCCCAUUCAAACCCGAUGGCGCACCACACCUUUGAUUACCCUGUGUGUCCUGAUAAAAUGGACUGGUCCAAGCUGUAUCCAGACUUAUUCACUGGCAGCCUGAGUGAGACAGAGCCCCCUCGAGUCGAGUUUGCUGACAUUGGAUGUGGAUAUGGGGGGCUUUUAGUGGAGUUAUCUCCACUCUUCCCAGAUAAGCUCAUCCUGGGUAUGGAGAUCCGGGUGAAAGUGUCAGAUUAUGUUCAGGAUCGUAUCCAGUCGCUGCGUGCCUCAAAUCCAGGGAGCUACCAGAACAUCGCCUGCAUUCGUAGCAAUGCCAUGAAGUACCUCCCCAACUUCUUUUGUAAAGGACAGCUCACUAAGAUGUUCUUCCUCUUCCCUGACCCUCACUUUAAGAAGACCAAGCACAAAUGGAGGAUCAUUAGUCCCACUCUGUUGGCAGAAUACGCCUACACGCUCAGAGUAGGGGGUUUGGUAUAUACCAUCACAGAUGUGGAGGAAGUCCACCUCUGGAUGGUGAAGCACUUCAGUGAACAUCCACUGUUCACGCGGGUCCUCGAUGAAGAACUGGCCGAUGAUGUCAUCAUAAGUCGUCUGGGUACCUGCACAGAGGAAGGAAAGAAAGUGCAGAGAAAUGGAGGAAAGAAUUUUCUUGCAGUUUUCCGGAGGACUGAGGAUCCACAUGAGAUUUCCUGAAAUAAAUGCCUUAUGCAGUCAUCUGUGCGUGGGUUCAGCUGCUCUGCUAAUGGAUUUUUCACCAACCAGAUGAAUGCUGAUUUUUUUUUUCUUUUAUUAAUGGACCCUUUUAAUAUUAGCAGAUUUUUAAAAAACAAUUUUUGGGGGGGCUUUUUCCACAUAAUUUAUGUUUUUUUUAAUUUUCUCAGACUGUAAAAGAGACGUAGCACAUGACAGGAUCUGACAUGUUUGGUUACACUUUCUAAUUUUUUGCCUCUCUUGUUCAUUAGUUUCUCUCACCAAAUGUCAGUGUGCUGUUUUGGAUGUCAUGUAAAGAUGUACAGUAUUUCAAUAAAAAAAACAAACUACUAACAAAAUUUAAAAUGCAUUUAAUGACUUCUAUAUUCAUAAUUUGUUUACUAACAUUAUUCUUAGAAUAAUAAUGAAAAUGGACAGGUUAAAUAUUGUUAUCUAAAACCACAAACCUAUCAAACUGUGCUGCAGAGUUCACUGAUAACUGUGCUGCGAAAACCCUCCCCAGGUUUUUUAACUUUGGAUUAUGAGCAAAUAUUUGAAAAGGCACAUAGUUUUCACUCUUAGACUGUAUAUAAAUGAUUGUCACCCACUGUAAACUCCUGUUUGGAAGCCUCAAGGCUCAAGUGACCAUUGCCAUCUUGGUAUUUUGGAGCCAAUAAUUACUUUAGCGGUUUCUCAUGUGCUGUCACAUGAAUGCCUUCAAUACUUGGAUGAGGUGUUGGAGUGCUAAGUUAUCAACUUCUUCUAUGUACAUGUAUCCAUAGACUGUAUGGCUGUAUCAUACCAACACAAAAUAAAACUGUAGCAUUUCACUCCCUUUAACUAAAACACAGAACUGUUAGACUGGCUGUUGUUGUACCUCACUGGACAGCAUGUCAUAUUAUUGGAGUGGAUUAUAUUACAAAUGCAGUGCA